CUUCCGGCGCGGGCUGUGGCGGCGGUGAGUGCGUUCUGCGCCGCCCGUUUCCAUGGUGCCCAGCAAAUGCCGGCCCUCGAUGGGCAGCCGGGCGGGGCAUUCGGUCUCGGGUAGCAAUUUUGGGCUGCACCUGGUUCUCCAAACGACGUCGGCGGCAGACAGAGCAAAACCUUUUGAGUUCCGGGUUAACAAAGAGCAGCCGUAUCUUCACAGCAAGCUCUUGCAGUCCGAUCUGGAAAAAAACCAUCCAGGAAAACUAGAUGGAAAAUUAAGCCCCAUCUCACGCACGAGAAAGGUGUAUGUCCCUGUGACAACUAACGUGGUCGACAUUUCUAGCCUGGAUUUCAAACAUGGCCCAGGCUCUGUCCCCGCUUUCGGCGAGGGGUCUUUUACAACCCCUUCGAAAUACAGAUUUCAACACGGCUGCCACAGUGCCGGCUCCACCGUCUCAGAGAAUACAAAUUGCGGCAACGCUGCCUUUCCCUUGGCAAACCGUCCUCUAGAAGAGAAAAUACGGCACUCCGAUAGGCUGACCCUUGAAAGGCAGAAACUGACGGUUUGCCCGAUUAUGGAUGGAGAAGAACACCUCCGUUUGCUAAAUUUCCAGCACAACUAUAUAACUCGGAUCCAGAAUCUCUCGAACUUGCAGCAUCUUAUAUUCCUAGAUUUGUACGAUAAUCACAUUGAAGAAAUAAGCGGCCUUUCUACCUUGAAGUCCCUCCGAGUUCUUCUUUUGGGAAACAACAGAAUACAGAAAAUCUGCAACCUGGAGGGCCUCGUAAACCUUGACGUGUUGGAUCUGCAUGGCAACAAGAUUGCCAGAAUAGAAAACCUCAGCCAUUUAAGCAACCUCAGAGUGUUGAACCUGGCCAGAAACUGCUUAAUGUGCGUGGAAAACAUCAACGGGCUGGAAUCGCUGACAGAACUCAAUCUUCGAUAUAAUCAGAUCACAUCUGUCAAAGAUGUGAGCGCUUUGCCCUGCCUCCAGCGUUUGUUCCUCAGCUUUAACUGUAUCUCUCGCUUCGACGACAUCCUGUGCCUGGCCGACUCCUCGUCCCUUUCCGACGUCGCCCUGGAUGGCAACCCGGUCGCCCAGGAGACAUGGUACAAGCCCACCCUCCUCCAUCAUAUGAUGCAGCUGCGGCAGCUGGACAUGAAGAAGAUCACGGAAGAAGAACGGCGCAUGGCCUCUGUCGCGUUACGAAAGGAGGAAGAGAAGAGGCGCGAAAGCCACAAGCAGGCCUUACUGAAGGAAAAGAAACGCUUAACAAUUAGCAAUAUCGCCCGCCAGUGGGAGAGCCAGCAGACUCGCCUUGCCCUUCUGUCCUCCAAUCAAGAGAACAGUGCAGAUGAUGACUCCUGCCAGGACAACCGAAGCGAUGGGUACACUUUGUCUGAAGAAACCAGGUCUCUCGAUUCGCUGUUGAGCAAAACUGUACAAGGGCUGUCUGCCAUAGACUCUCACUUGAUCGAAGUAGAUGGGGACACCCUGUAUUUGUAUGGCUCGGGGGCUCUGGAAUCCCUGGAUCGGAACUGGAGCGUCCAAACCGCCGGAAACAUUGCCACGAUCGCCUUUAUUUUCAUCGACUUUGACGAGAUCGUUCCAGUAUUAUCCAAGCUGAGGAUCAAAUUCCCCAACUUUGUGCACUUGAAGUUUAAGGAGACGAACCUCGUCACGCUGCAGCAGUUCAACGCCUUAGUGCCGGUUCGCCGCGUGGAGCAGCUGACGGUGGACGCCCAGGGAAACCCAGUGGUCAGCUUCACCUUGUGGAAGUACUAUGUUCUCUUCCGGCUGAGCCAUUUCAACCUGCAGAAAAUAAACGGGGCAGAGGUCACAAAGAAUGACGUGAUCAUGGCGGAAAAUCUGUUUGGCAUCUUGGCCUACGUCGCAUCCUCCGAUUUACCUUAUUGCCGCCUUCUGUCGCUGCUUGGAGAAACCAGGAAGAAGCAACUGUGUUACCUUUUGGAGGCAAAGGGGAAGAAAUUGGGGGCUGCCGACGAGGGUGGCGACCGACGUAAACUCGGAGGGGACAACGUGAAUCGGGAGGUCUUCUGCUACGCCACGCGGGACUCCCAGGCAGAGAAGCUGGAGCGGCAUUUGAGCACCUUGCCCCAGGAGAUUCAGGGGACGGAUCAGGAUGUUGGGCCACACGGCCAGUUUGCGAUCGUGAAGAAAUGCCGGGAGAAGAGCACGGGGGCAGAGUACGCCGCCAAGUUCAUCAAGAAGCGCCAGAGCCGAGCCAGCCGCCGCGGGGUGAGGCGCGAGGAGAUCGAGCGGGAGGUCAAGAUCCUCAAGCGGAUCCUCCACACCAACAUCAUCGAACUGCACGACGUCUACGAGAACAAGACGGACGUGGUCCUCAUCCUCGAGCUAGAUUGGUUGCAGCUGGUGGCGAAGCCCGGCGCUGAAACGAGUCGGAAAAUAACCCUUAACUCAGACGAGUUGCCACGGUCUGCAGUUUUCUUUGUGGGCGCGCGGGUUCAGGACUCAAACUACCAUGCCACACUGAUUUUCAGUGGCGGUCUGGCGAACAGCGCGCAGAUGCCGUCCAAGACCCUUUUCAUGCUGGUUAACCAGAAAGAAGAGGAAUGUGUGUGUAUGUGUUCGGCCGCGGGGGUAGCCCUCCUCGAACUGCCGAGUAAGACAGUUUCCAGCUCCGCCUUGUCUUUUUGGAAGCUUUCAAUCCCGAAGCAGAGCGGUGACCCCGCCAAGCCGUUUGGCUUUCGGUCCAACCUCAAUUGCCUUUCCUCCUCCUCGGGAAAUGGGGAGGCAGGGAAAAUGUUACCUUAA